AUGAUUCCUUUGCCGGAAUUGAAGUCCAAAUCCGUUCUUGUGGCACUGAAAAGGGAAAUCGUACAUCGUGGAAUCGACAAAGAUUUGGAGUCACUUAUACUGUUGAAACACAGUAACCUUGUUCGAUUACUGGAUUUUGCCUUCUUCACUCUCAAUGAUCCCGUGAUCCUUCGCUAUGAGAUGCACAGUGCCCUUUCUCUCUAUGACGUCGUUAGGAAGGAGUCGUUCAUUAAACCAGCGAAGACGCUCAAAUGGAUCUACCAGGCUGCUUCGCUGGCGUAUUACUUGGCUCUCAAAGGUUGUUUCCACUCAAUUCUCUGUGCUCAGGACUGUUAUUUGGAUGCUGGAUCUAACAUAAAGUUCCGCGGAGCAUGGAAAAGCUCUUGGCCAAGCUGGCGGGACGACACUCUUAGGCACUCUUUUUACUGGAGAUUUGUUGCACCUGAGUCUUUGAUCUACCAAACCCAAAACGAUUUGAGUAUGAUGUGGAACCUGGGAGUGUUCAUGUGGCAGCUUUGCACGGACUGUCCAGUUAACAGCGCACCUCGUUUUCUCGGAAAGCAGUCUUGUCCAAAUGAUCUCGUUCUGAUGGGACUUACGGAAAGGAGUUCAUCUUCCGAAGAAUUGGACCUAUCGACAAGUAGAAUAAACGUGCCACAAUGUAUUAGGUCCACUAUUUCAUCCUGCGUAAAUCUGGUGCCAGAAGAGCGCUGUUUGUGGUCCGAUGUCCUCAAUACAUGUAAACGAGAGAGUACCAUAGCGUCCGUUGGAGGAGUUGUGAAGCAGAUAUUCCCGUUCCUCUAA